AUGUACAAGUUACCUCAGAGCAAUCUGCAAUACGUUACAUCGAUAACAUUCUUGCUCACGACCUACGCCAAAUACAUGAAAGCCACGAAACACAACUUCAACUGCGGAAACUAUGUUAUUGUCCCCAACGCUCUGAUAAACCUAUCGAAGCGACAAGUGGAUUACAUACUCGGUGUGAAUCCGAUGAAGAUGUCGUACAUGGUUGGAUUUGGCACUAAUUUCCCAAAGAGAAUCCACCACAGAGGAUCAUCUCUACCGAGCAGAGCAGUCCGUUCAAACUCUCAGGGAUGCAACGGCGGAUUCCAAUCUUUCAGAACACAAAACCCUAACCCUAACGGGAGCAAUCGUGGGAAGACCGGAUCGAAACGACGAGGCUUGUGUGAUCUGUCUAUACGUUUACUGUUCCUUCUCUUGCCUGGAUGUGCAAUGCUAAGGUCUUGUACAACUCUUCUGGUUAGAAGAAGCAAUUCUAAUCGAAGGAACAGCUUCUGCAAAGUCUCUCUUUCUCUGGUUUUUCUCCUUUGGCUACUUCUCUUCCUAUCCACCUUCUUGGUUAGCCUUGGAGAUGGUGGCAUAGAUGCGCCUUUGAUUGACUCUGUACGAGUAGCUGAUUCGGAUGAUGGUCGGACAGAUGAGUCAGCUGUGCCCUCUGAUGCACCGUCAUUACUAGAGCCUGAUUCUGUUCAUGUUACGUCUGAUUUGACUCGGAGUGAUGGUAUAACCCAAUCUGAAGAAAAUGAAGAUAAAGAGAAUUCUUUGAAACAAGCAGCAGAAAUCAAUAUUUUAUAUACAGGGAAUGAUACAGAGAGCAAAGACGAGGACAUUUUGAAGCAAAGUACAGGGAAUGAUGCAGAUUGCAAAGAAAAUGAUAGUUUGAAGCAAGGUGAGAUAAAGAAGACAGAUGCAGGGAAUGAUGCAGAAAGCAAAGACGAUGAGUUUUUUAAGCCAAGUGAAAUAAACAAGACAGAUACAUGUACUGAUGCAGAAAGCAAAGACAAUGACUUCUUAAGGCAAAGUCACAUGAACAAGACAAGCACAGGGAAUGACACAGGAAGCAAAGACACGGACUUUUUGAAGCAAAGUCCGAUGAACAAAACAGAUCCAGGGAAUGAUACAGAGAUUGUUGCUGCAAAGGUUGAUCAAUUAUCUCGUGCUGUUCCACUUGGCCUUGAUGAGUUCAAGAGCAGAGCGUCCAAUUCUAGAAACAAGUCGUUAUUAGGUAAGGUCAGCGGUGUGACUCACAGGAUGGAGCCUGGAGGGAAAGAGUACAAUUAUGCAUCUGCUUCGAAAGGUGCAAAGGUCCUGUCUUCUAACAAGGAAGCAAAGGGGGCUACAAGCAUCCUAAGCCGGGACAAUGACAAGUACCUCAGAAAUCCAUGUUCUACUGAAGGUAAAUUUGUUGUUGUAGAACUUUCAGAAGAAACAUUGGUAAAUACCAUCAAGAUCGCGAACUUUGAGCAUUACUCUUCUAACCUGAAAGAGUUUGAGCUUCAAGGCACCCUGGUUUAUCCGACUGAUGCAUGGGUUCAUAUGGGAAACUUCACUGCUGCAAACGUGAAGCAUGAGCAGAACUUCACACUUGUCGAGCCAAAGUGGGUUAGAUACUUGAAGCUAAAAUUUCUAAGCCAUUACGGUUCAGAAUUCUACUGCACCUUGAGUUUAGUAGAAGUCUAUGGAGUGGAUGCCGUAGAACGAAUGCUGGAGGAUUUGAUAUCUGUCCAAGACAGCAAAAACAAUUUCAAAACCAGAGAGGGAGAUACUGAGCAGAAGGAGAAGCCAGUAAAGCAGCAAACAGAGUCCCCUGAAGGCGAUGAUGGUUCUGAUAAGAGCACCCAGAGAGAGAAGGAGCGGGAAACCCCACCAGAGAAUAUGGUAGCAAAAGCUGAAGCUUCAAUGGCUAAGAGUAAUAAUAAGCUUACAGAGCCCGUUGAAGACGUAAGGCGUCAUCAGCCAGGAAGCAGAAUGCCCGGAGACACAGUGCUGAAGAUACUGAUGCAGAAGUUAAGGUCACUGGACUUGAACCUAUCGGUUCUAGAGAGAUACUUGGAGGAACUGAACUCGAGAUACGGGAACAUAUUCCAGGAGAUGGACCGCGAAACCGGUGUGAGAGAAAAGGAGAUUGUGACUUUGAGACUUGACGUGGAGGGUGUGAAGGAGAGGCAAGAGAGGAUGGUGAGUGAAGCAGAGGAGAUGAAAGAAUGGCGAAAGAGAGUAGAGACAGAGACGGAGAAAAGUGAGAAAGAUAAUGAAAAAAUGAGUGAGAGGCUUGAAGAAGUUUGGCAAAGAGUCGAGUGGAUGGAGAAGAAAGGCUUGAUGGUGUUCACAGUGUGUUUAGGGUUUGGGACUGUCGCGGUUAUUGCGGUUGUGGUCGGUAUGGGGACUGGUCGAGCAGAGAAGACCGGCGGUGGGGCUUGGCUCUUGUUAUUGAUUAGUUCAACAUUCGUUAUGUUCGUUUUGUCUCUUUGA